AUGGAGGCACAGCUAAGAGAGAUUGUUCCAUUUCUGCGUGACAAGAAUCCCCAAGUACGGCACCUAGCGCUUUCAACACUUCUACCGCAAACAGCAAAGGAUGCGCCGCACAGAAAUAUCUUUCUAUCUGGGCUACAGUCAGGCGGCCUUCAAAAGUCUAAAGAGGCGGAAAUAAUCAAGGACUUGAAGCUUCUCUGUCGUGACCAGCUGGCCGUAGCUCAUGACGCAUUCAAAGCGCUCGUGAACUUGACCGACUCGCCUUUGGUUGUUCAGAUGUUGUCGGAUGCUAAUUUUAUGAACUUCAUAGUUUCCUAUAUCAUAAAUCCAGACGCCAUUCUAGCGGACCUAGCGUCAAUGUUACUGUCAAACCUAACAGCUUCUUCCGUGGCAUGCUCAUUGAUUAUAUCUAUGACCGUGAACGUGAUUUCGGAUCCAAAAGUCAAAAAUUCAUUCUAUCCCACUCAGUCACGGAGUGGAUCGUGUCCUGCUCCGGUGCCAUACCCUUCUGGCAAAGCGAGCGAUGUUCUCGCAUUACCAUUUUUACUAGAUGCUUUCGUUCAAGGCGCACAGUUGAAACAAACAGAAGAUCCUUCAAAACACUUGCGCAAGAGCGAGCUCCAUUUCCUAGCCAGCGUUUUCGCCAAUAUUGCAUCGUCAUCGGGUGGCCGUAGUUUCUUCUUUACCCCAAGACCAGCCAAUUUUUUGAUACCGAACGACGCAAUUGAAUAUCCUUUAGCCAAACUGGUGACCUUUACUGAGCACAAGGACACUAUUCGAAGAGGUGGGGUUGCCAAUACAAUAAAGAAUUGUUCAUUCCAUUCAGCGGGUCAUUGUGCUAUGCUCACACUCGAGAAUACUCUCGUAGCUGUUCCACCCUCGACCAUUGAGGCGCCAGGCAUUGACGUUCUGCCAUACUUGCUUCUACCUCUGGCAGGUCCUGAAGAAUUUGACUUGGAGGACCAAGAGAAACUACCGGAAGCUCUACAGUUUCUAUCUUCAGACAAAACCAGGGAACCCGAUCAAGUAAUCAGGUUAGCGCAUGUCGAGACGUUGCUCAUUUUCUGCCACACACGUUGGGGACGCGACUACCUGCGUGGCCAUGGCGUCUAUGAGAUCAUAAGAGCUACACAUGAAAAUGAGACUGUCGACAAGAUUUCUGAACAUAUAGAGAGACUCGUUAAUCUUCUAAAACGUGAUGAGCCUCCCGAGCAAGUGGAGAAAGUGUCAGAAGAUCUUGCCAACGCGCAUAUCGAAGAUGAUGAUGACGACGAGGAUAAUAAAAUCGAAGAAGUCUAG